AUGAAACCUGCAUCCACCAGGCAUGAUUCCAGGGCUGGAUCCAGACGUGAGUCCAGCCGCUCUCCCAGUCGUGCAACAUCACAGUCUCAACUGGGCGAUCCUCGCUCACGCACGGCGUCCCUGGCGUCUAUCUCCUCUGUUGCAUCUCACAAGGGACUUCCACCAAGCGCCACACCAUCUACUAGGUCUUUACAGUCAGUGUACAAAGAACAGAGUGCCAGCAAAGCGCCACCAAAGAAGCCCGCCCAGAGCCAUAAGGCGCCCCAACCUCUCCACGUGUCUCAGAAAAUCAAGGUACAUGCAUCAGUCAAAAGACGCGCUGAUGGCCGGGCCAAGGUCCCAGAACGAUUCAGAGACAGCUUCAAGCAUUUUUUCCGCUCACCCACUGGAAUGUUGAAGGUCUUGAGGAUGAGUAUUAUUGCAGCAUCAGUGUCUUGUUUCAUCAUUGGCGGCGCCCAUGAGGUGUUUAUAGCAAUCACAAUUGAGGAAACCUGCAUUGCCCUAUUUUUUAUCGUAAUAUAUUUGGUCACCCUUCAACACAUGCUGAUCUGCGUACACUGGCCUUUGCUUGAUCUUAUCAACAGUUUCUUUUCAACUGUGUUCCUUGGAGGAGUUGCCCUGAUAACAAUUCAAGAAAGAGAAAAAAACCGUUUGUGCUUUAUUGGAGGGACCCUGUGCGCCACGGCAGCAGUCCUGUGUAUCAUCGAUAUGCUGUUGGUCAUCAAGAAGAUGGUGACUGACAAGAAAAAGGGCCAGGAAAUGUAAACUAAGCCCUCCACCUCAACAGCAAGGCAGGAACUAUGCUGAAGUCACCUAACUCUUCCCAGCAUUUGGCAGAGGCUUAUGUCCACGUAUAAUCAUUCCCACCAGACCAUCACGGAGCUCCCAAGCCCACCUGUGUGUGACCAUAAAGACAGGGCUGCUAAGUUGCCAACUCUCCUA